UCAUACUCUCAGGAAACUUUCAUCACCCAGGCUUUGAGCGGAGCGCAUUAUCUACGAAAACAUCGUCGUACUUUGUACCCUUGGAGUUCUAUGGGAUGACUGACCCGGACAAUGAAGACCACAAGUAAGAAUCUCAGAAAUUAAUCACUCAAUUGACAGAGGCCAUCCUCACUCGAUUCCUUGAGCCAGGGACCCAUGGCCCCCCUCCUAUUGCUGACUCCCACUCCUGCCUCCACCGAGUACCCUUCCGCAAGAUGACCCUAAGCUGGACAUCGCCAUGCCGGAUGGAAACUACAGACCUCGCAGCCUCUGAACUCUUAAAGAUCCUCCCUCCUUCCUGCCGGUGCUGCAGCGCCACACGCCACACUGAUCCGCGCCAGCCACCGUACUCCAGAUUACGGGCGCGUACUUGACGUCACUAGCAUGCGCCUCUUCUGCAUCAAGGGAAAUAUGGCUUUAGCCGGCCCAACGCGGCUAUUGUCAUUAGCAGUUCGGUUGCUUCUGGAGCCUCGACGAAGCAUAGUGGUGCGCGGUUCCGACCAGUCCUUGCCAGUGGUGCGCAUUCCGCGGGCUCUGCAGCGACGGCAGGAACAGCAACGAAGCGGCCGUGGGAGUUUCCAACGGCCGGUGCUAGUGCAACCUGGCCCACUGCUGGUCUCCGCACGGCGCCCAGAGUUGAACCAACCCGCACGCCUCACGCUGGGCCGUUGGGAGCGGGCGCCACUGGCUUCGCGUGGCUGGAAGCAUCGGCGAUCGCGUCGGGACCAUUUUUCCAUAGAGCGAGUGCAGCAAGAGGCGCCCGCCCUGAAGAACCUCUCGUCCCGGGGCAGCUUCGUGGACCUGGGUCUGGAACCCCGAGUGUUGCUCGCGCUUCAGGAGGCUGUCCCCGAAGUUGUUCAGCCAACCUCAGUGCAGUCGAAAACCAUCCCCCCACUGCUUCGCGGCCGCCACAUCCUUUGCGCUGCUGAAACCGGUAGUGGCAAGACACUUAGCUACCUACUGCCCCUAUUUCAACGGCUCCUGAGAGGGCCAGUCCUAGACUCCCGCAGUUCCACCACUCCCCGAGGCUUAGUUCUGGUACCUUCCCGAGAAUUAGCCGAACAGGUGCAGGCAGUGGCCCAGUCAUUGGGUAGGUACUUGGGCCUGCAGGUGAUAGAACUUGGCGGAGGCCUCGGAAUGAGUAGGCUCAAACUUCAGGUGUGUAAACGACCGUCAGCAGAUGUGCUCGUGGCUACUCCAGGAGCGCUGUGGAAGGCUCUGAAAAGUCAACUAAUCAGCUUACAUCAUCUUAAUUUCAUAGUGCUGGAUGAAGUCGACACGCUGCUGGAUGAAAGCUUCCUGGAACUGGUGGACUACAUCUUGGACAAGAGCCCUAUAGCAGAAAGUCCAGCUGAGUUAGAAGACCCCUUUAAUCCCAAAGCUCAGUUAGUGAUGGUGGGAGCCACGUUUCCAGAAGGCCUAAACCAAUUGCUGGGUAAAGUCACCAGCCCAGACAGUCUGACCACCAUCACCAGCUCCAAGCUGCACUGCAUCAUGCCUCAUGUCAGACAGACAUUUAUGAGACUAAAGGGAGCCGAGAAGGUAACAGAACUGGUUCAGAUCCUCAAACAGCAUGACAAAGCAAAUAAGACAGAACCCUCAGGAACUGUCCUGGUAUUCUGCAACAGUGCCAGCACUGUGAACUGGCUUGGGUACAUUCUGGAUGACCACAAAAUUCAACAUCUAAGGCUGCAAGGGCAAAUGCCAGCCUCAAUGAGGGCAGGUAUCUUCCAGAGUUUCCAGAAGGGCUCCCAAAACGUACUUGUCUGCACAGACAUUGCCUCACGAGGUCUGGACAGCAUCCAUGUGGAAGUGGUUAUCAAUUAUGAUUUCCCCCCUACUCUGCAGGAUUACAUCCACAGGGCAGGAAGGGUGGGUCGUGUGGGCAGCGAAGUGCCAGGGACUGUUAUCAGUUUUGUGACCCACCCCUGGGAUGUGAGCCUGGUUCAGAAAAUUGAACUGGCAGCUCGUAGGAGGAGAAGCCUUCCAGGACUAACAACUUCGGUGGGGGACCCUUUGCCUCAACAAGCCUGAUUUUUGGCUGGCUUGAAUCUUAAUGCUAGAGCAGGGAUCUUCCUGGGGGUCCAGGAAAGUUGAACACUUGUCAGUGAGUGACAUUGGUUCACACCAGCCCUUGCCUCUCUGAAAGCAUAAUGAAUUGUUUGGAGAUUUGAAAAGUAAAACUACUGGACAGGAUUGGAGAGUAAGGUUUAGAAAAUAAAGUGGAUUUUGACUUUA